AUGGGGGUCCGUGCACUGUGCACGCGAGAGAAGGUGUUCUACUGCCCUGUGAAAGCAUUGGAUCAAGAGCUGUUUUUCCUGGUGGAGUGCAAGAGCAGAGGGGACAUGUAUGUGGUGACAGAGCCAGUGGAACCGGUCAACAGUGCUGUGCUACGUGACAGCAGCCUUGUGAACAUUUUGGGGAGAUGCUUUAUCCCUUGGAAUACUCUUGUCAAGGGGGAAGCAGUGGGAGAAGGUCUCAGAGUGAGAGAGAAGACGUUGACCCUGCCAAAGGGCACGGUGAUGGCCUCUAAGAGGAAGCUGCUCAUUUUCAAGGGGAAUGGCUGGUGUAAGCAGAGGCUGAAGGAGGCAGAGGGGAGAGGGGCCUGCAGAGGAGACCACAUCUCAGAUGACGACAAGCAGAGAACCUUCCCAGAAGAUUUCAGGUGCCUCCAAGAAGAGGUUUCUGAGAAAGUGGAGGCUGCGGCCCGGCUCCCCAGAGAUGUUCAGGAUGUCGUGUUCUCUAGCGUCCAGGACAUGCUCCGGGACCGAGAGGCCCUGGAGGCCCUCGUGCACACGCCUGAACAGGAAUCUUUGGGUCAUUUGAACGGCCCUGGCGGCACCAUCCUAAAUAAGCUGCAAGAGGAUUCCGGGUAUUCAUGGAGUAACACAAAGUACCUCAUCCUUUACCUGCUUGAAGCCAUAGUCGUGCUGAAUGACACCCAACUUGAUCUGCUGGCCCAGUCCAUGGAGAAGGGGAUCCUGCUGCAUCAGCGGGAGCUGGUCCGGACUAUCCUGGAGCCCAACUUCAAGUACACCUGGAACCUUCCCUUCACCCUGAAGCCCGCGCUCCUGGCCCCCCUCCAGGGCAAGGCUGUGGUGAUCACCUGCGGCCUGCUGGAGGAGUGCGGCCUGGAGGUGAAGCUGAAUAGGCCCUGGUCCACCUGGGACCUGGAAGCCAAGCAGCCUCUGUCUGCCAUGUACGGGGCCCUGUCGGUCCUGCAGCAGCUGGCGGCAGCCUGAGCCCUGCAUGGGGGGCGUCUGUCCAGAGCGGCCUGCCCCUCCCCAGGCCACGCUGUGUGUGCCGUCUGUGGGCUCAGGGCACCUAGGGCUACACCCCUCUGCCUUUCCAGGGGAGAGGAGGGGUGGGGCAGGGCUUAGCGGAGACUUGACCAAAGGUUCUGGGGGGAUGGAAAUUUCUGUAUCUUGGUAAAGUUUCAUGCAUUUGUCAAAACUCAUCAAAUAGUAUCUAGAGAUGCGAGGAUUUCUCUGUGUGUACAUUUUAUUUCAGACAAUAUAAGCAAAUACUGAACUCUAAUAAUAUGCAGUUUAAAUUAUUUUGGAUGAAUGAUACAAGUAUCUUUCAACUUACUCUGAAAUGUAUCAAAAAGAUGAGGUGAGUUAAUGAAUGAAUAAACAGA